AUGAUUUACCACAAAUUCACAGUGGAUACAACACCUCCAUUGUAUGGAGCUAUGACUGCUGCUACAGAUGAAUCAGGAGACUGUGGAAUGAUUCACCACAAAUUCACAGUGGAUACAACACCUCCAUUGUACGGUGCUAUGACUCCUGGAACAUUUUAUAACAUGGCCUUGGCGUACACUUCUGACAAUUCAACAUUAAGAGUUCAGUGGACAAAUUACAGUGAUCCUGAAUCUGGUAUAGCAACUUACCAAGUGUCAUUAUGGCAGAAUACUUCAUGUUAUUCUAGUGGAGAGGAGGUGCUUCUUGUUGAAUGGAUUGAAUUGACAAGCAACUACACUGAAUACAGCUUUGUUAAUUUGAAUCUUACAAUGAACAUACCAUAUACAGUUAGAUUUAAAGUGACAAAUGCUGCCGGACUUUCAAUCCAACAGACUUCAUCACCUGUAUUAUAUGACCCAUCAAAACCUGUAUCAGGAGUGUUAGUGGAUGGUGAAGAUUUUUCAACUGAACAAGUUUGGUUUAGUUCAACAAGCAUUAUAAAAGGUUCAUUUUUGCACUAUUCCAAUCAAGUUGGAUCAUCCUGUCCAUCAAGAGAUAUUUCAAUGGUAAAUGAUCCUGACUGGGGAGAACUACAACAAGUUGGUCUAAAAGACCCAAGAGGCAAGAAAUGGUCUCUUCUGUACAAAAUAGAGAACAUCAACAAGAAUAUUUAUGAUGAUGAAGUGUCAGUUAAACUUGCAAGAGAUCACAAAAACCAGCAGAUGUUUACAGGAGCAUAUUACAGAUCAGCUAGCUUUGAAAAUGGAGGCACAUACCAUGUUUCUGUGAAACCAGCAAAAGGACAUGGGAUUGCUGUGACAGAAAUUUUGUUUUGGGAUGGCCAAGAUACUAGCAUUGGUACUUAUGAAUAUGAAGAAGACAUUGACUGGGCUUCAUCUGUGUGCCAAUGUUGUUUGUCAAAUCCUGUUCCUGAGGAUUGCAAUUUUUGCAAUUGCUCCAAGUAUUUGUUUGACAAAUAUGGAAACGAUACUCUACCAACAGUAAUCAGCACUCCAGUUCCUUCAAUAGCACAAACAACAACACAGCCAUAUGAAGUGGUCAAUCACCCAGACAAAAGUGAAGUCUCACAGCCCAUAGAUACUAGUAUACCUCAAGCACAAAAGUCAUGUGGCAUUCAAAUUUUGGAUGGUCAAAAUGCUAAGAUUGUGACAUGGUGUAGAUCCUUCAAUGAUAUUCAGCCUAUUAUGAAAACAUCUGUUGAUUACAACAUCACUGGAGAAUUUCUCAACUUUAAGAUAAUAUUUAAACCAGAAAUGGAUGAUGCAGUAGAUAUAACUUUAUGUCUUUUGGUAUCUAUUAAUGAAGAGGAAAUAACAGAACUUUGUGGAAUAUCACAUCUAAGUAAAACAACCAAGCUAGUGUUGCAUGUCUUCAAUCGUGAUAAUUAUGUACCAGACAUCACAGACCCGUUUAAUAUUUUUUCUGUGAAAGCCUAUUUUAGAAAUCUUAUACUACCACCACCAACUGGUGCACUUUGUCGCUAUGGUGAUCCAUUCAGAGGAGGAAGUAACCCAAUAAUAAAGUAUGAAGUUGGUAUCGGAACUGACAAAUUUCUUACAGAUAUUGAACCUUUGAGAGAAGUUGUAAUACCUUGUAUACCUUGCUUUGGAGAAUGUUCGAAAUACAACUGUGACCAGAAUUGUGAUCAGGAUAAACUUGUGGACUACAUCUUUACAUUGACAGACUUGAACCUAAUACCAAAUGUCAUGGAUGUGAAUGAAACUGGACAUUCAUAUAACAAAACCAUUAUAUACUAUCUUACAGGAAGGGCUGUGACUGGUUCUGGAGACACAGCUCUGUCAUCAUCCUCAGGGUUUUAUAUUGAUGUCACUGGACCAGUGUUUGACCUUGAUGUCAUGUUGACCACUCCUAUUUACUUUGAUGAAAAACAAGGACAGUUUCAACCAAUAAGUUAUCAAGCAUCAAACAGCACCAUUAAAGCUUUUUGGAGAUGUACUGAUGAUGAGAGUCUUGUAAAGGAGAGCCUUUGGGCUAUUGGUAAAACUCCUGGUGGAGAAGAACUUCAAAGGUUUCAGUCAGUUGGUCUCGAUGUAUCUGGCAUAAAUUCAUCAUUUGAAGGCAUUCUCCAACAUAACCAUACAUAUUACGUGUCUAUUAUCUGUGUCAAUGGAGGUGGAAAACCUACUCAAUGGAAUGAUACGUAUGGUGUUGUGGUACUGUUAGAGCCACCAGAAGUAGACAACUUGAAUAAUACUAUCCUAGGAGAAAUCAGACCAUUUAACGAAUCAGUAGUUCCUGUCAAUGCCAUGGAGAGUACUGACCCUACAAGUAUAGGAUUCACUUUUAUGAUUAGUGAGGACAAGGCUAUAAGAAGAUAUGAUUUGUGUAUUGGAACAGAUGAACAUAAAGAUGAUAUUUUUCCUUGUACCUGGGUUGGUUACAAUGUCUCAGGAUCAGCUUCUAUCAAAGAUGGAUAUUUGUUACUUGAUGGCAUCAAAGUUGCACGUCUGUCAGAACUACAAACUGAUCAGGAUGUAUUUACACAAGGUGAAAACAAAUCUAGCAUAUUUCAUAUGGAACCUGGUCGAACAUUAUUUCUGACCAUGAGAGUUUGUAAUGAAGCAGUACUUUGUGCCAACAAGUCAUUAGGAAGUAUACUAAUUACAAAUGAUAAAACUGUAUUGAAGACCUCAGAACAUGGAGAGUCCAUUGAACUUGUACAGUCUAUUGAAACAGGAUCCAAAAGGAGAAAAAGAGAUACAAAUAUGAUUGUAGUGAAUACUCCUGAAGGAUUGGUAGAGGGACAGACCAUUGUACUUCAGCCAAUAUCUGAUGAAGAUCUAACCACAGAAUAUGGGUCUGAUUCCUCUCCUGAUUUCCAGCCUUAUAUAGUCAACCCUGCAACUACACAGGAUAUGGUUGAAAGAGUACUAUACAAAAGAAUACACUCCAUGGUAAUGACAUUUUCUGUGAUACCAGUUGGUCACCUUCCUUUGCCAGGACCAAUGAAUAUUACUUAUCCAGAUACUGUUGGAGAGAAUGAAGACAACAGAACAGUGCUGGCUCAUUGGAAUACUGUUCAACAGCAGUGGGAGUUGACUGGGAAGACCUGUGGUGAAACAUCAGAUUUGGAAGUUGAUAAUGGAGAAGGCAGAAAGACUGUUCAGAUUUGUAAAACAUGGAGAGAAAAAGUAGAUGGUAUCAACCAAACUAAUGCAUCUGUUUCCUAUUUCUCAGAAGAGACACAAUUUGCUGUGUUUAUUGUUUCAAAUAAGGUGUAUAAUUCUCCACCAAUGCUCACCAGUGACAGGUUUAUUUCCAUCAAAGAAGAUGAAGGUACAUUACAAUACCAGUUGGAGGCAACAGAUGAAGAAGGUGAUGUGGUUGCAUUCUAUCUCAGCAAUCAAACAAACAUUCUUGGAAAAACACUGCUUUUUGAAGAUGGCAUACUGCUGUAUACACCAUGUACUGACUGUUCAGGUGUUGAGACAAUAACAAUCAUCCUAACAGAAGUACAGACCAAUGAAGAUAUACCUCCAGCCAGCAGUGAAGCAACACUCGUUAUUACCAUCAUAGAUUCUAAUGACCCACCAGAAAUAUUCUUAACCCAGCAUGGACAAUCUAUUUUAUCUUCUGAUCCAACAGAACCAGUUGUGGUAUUCUUAGAACAGAAGAGAAUAUUCAACAAGAAAAAAUGGACAUCAGAUUUCACUGCUAUAAUAGGAGCAUUUGAUGUAGAACAACAAGAUCUAUUUAUGGAAGUGUAUCAACCAAAUUAUGGUGCAGUCCUAUUCAAGCAAGAAAAAACAACAAUUCCAAAUAUAAACGAUUGUGGAGAAAGUUUGAAUGUGGCCAGUGAACCAUGUGGUAAUUUCAGUGAAAUAUUACCACACAAUAAAGAUGUUAUGUCCUGGAUUUAUUCCAUAUUGAACUACAAACAGGCCAUGAAUGUGUCUGGAUAUGAUGUAGCUAAAUUGUAUGUCUCAGAUUCUAUGAAUGCUUCAUCAGCUGUUGUUACCAUACAGUUUGUCAUAAUGGAAUCACCUUGUCACAAUGAUGGAUCUUGUCAUCCACAGAAUGGCAGUAACUACCCCUGCACCAGUACUCGCAGAGCAGAAAGUUUUGACCUGUAUUAUGACUGUGUCUGUUUACCUGGAUAUUCUGGUGUAUACUGUGAAGAGAACAUUGAUGAAUGUCUAAGUUCACCAUGUAUAGAACCAUAUGAAUGUAUUGAUGGUGUUAAUAUGUAUGACUGUAGAUGUCCACCAGAUAAACCUCAUUGUAGUUUCAAAAUUUGGACCAUACCAGUGAUAGUUUUAAGUUUGCUGAUUAUUAUUAUAAUCAUCAUUGUGGUUGUUCGUAGAUAUAUGAAGAAAAGAAUGCAAAAGAAAGAAGAUAAAGCAGACAUUUGGAGUCAGGACUCUGAAGAAUCUACAGAUGAAACAAUGGACAAAGUCAUUGACGAUGAUUUUGAAUCGGCAGGUUUGCAUCAAAUUAAUAUUGAAGAGAACCAGAAUGAGAGUAAUGAUUGGUUAGACCCUGUCAAGGCUUUAAAUCCUGAAAUAGGUCGACUGUUAAACCCAACAAGGAGGAACAAGGUACAUCCUGCUCCAUCAAGCUUUGCAAUGUCUUCUUUCUCUACUGCCAAACCAAAUCAUGAAGAUGUAGCUGAAGAGGAAACCAAAAAGAACAGUGAUAUGAACUUUGGCCUUCCAUAUGAUCUACCUGUGGGUCAUAUAACAAUGAAACCUGUAUCCAGACCACGCAUGCCAGCUUUUACUGCACCAGAAAUCAAGUUUGAAUUACAUGAUAGUAAUGCAGAGAGCCUUGAUAGUGAACACAAAUCAACAGCUGAAACAGAAAGUAAUCCUGAAAUUUGUUCAUCAAAUCCAGAAAGGAAACCCUUUCAUUUAAAACCUAUUCCUGCAAGUCAAAAAGGAAAAAAGAAAAGCACAGAUCAGAAAAGGGGUAUUUCAGCACACGAUAUGGAUUACAGUAGAUACAAUGAUCAGGAGAAGCAGAAGAUAGAUAAUGAUGCUUGACAGGUUUAUGUGUGUUUUUUAUUAUUUGAUAUCAGAUAGAACACUUUAUAACUUCAUAUAUAUAUAUAUACAAUAUAUUUUUUUAUUUAUAUAACAAGUCUUAUUCUUAAACCGACACAAAGUUUCGGAAAUUGUUAAAUUGUAAUUUUAUAAUGUCUGAUGUUAUCUUGAAAAUUUACUCAAAAUAUAUCUUAUUUUUUCUCGACUUUUUCACAUAUAAACUAGCUUUAAUUAUAGUGCCUAUCUAUAUUUGUAUAGGGUGUUAGUAUGGUGCAAAGAGUAACUUAGUAUACUUAACAUUCAUCGUUUUUACCAUGGUUCAAAAUUUAAUAAAUUCUAGAUUUCCAGAAACUGUUAUUUUCUCAAACACACCACAGACAUGUAUGCCGAUAUUUACAAUAGACUAGUAUACAUGUAAUUUGAUGUCUUAUAGUUUUAAUGUUUCUACAAUUAUUUCUUAACUUAAUACUAAUUUUAAUAUUUUUAGUAAAAUAAUUGUAUUCUCAUGUUUAAUUUGUAUUCUAAUCUUUAGUAAAAUAAUUGUAUUCUCAUGUUUUUAAUUUUAAAGUAAAAUAAUUUUAU